AUGAGAAACUUAAUGACAGAUGAACGAAAAAAAUACAAUCAAUACAACGUCGAGAAAUCUGAAUUAUGGACAUCAUGUUUUGAUGAACAGGAGAAAAUCUUUCAAGAAAUGAAAGAUACUUACACUGCACGUAUUUGCAGAUCAUAUAUACCACCUAAUGGUCAAGAUAUUAUCAAUAAAUUUAAUGAAAUUAUACCUGGCAUGGAAAUGAAUAUUCGUCAUUACAAUUUCCAUUUAUUUAAAUAUCGGUUGCUCUUGGAUAUUGCCAAUGAAAUGAAGAAACCAAAGUAA